UAAUUAUUUGGGGGGAAAGAAAAUCAAACAGACAAGUCAGCUCAUGUUCUGAAACACGCGCGCGCACGCACUUACAUCAGUUCAUGUGAUCAUGAUUAAGAAUCCAGUGAGAGUGGGAGGAGGAACACGUGAAUAAGAGCACCAUCCCACCACUGAGCCCUAACAUCUGACCAGAGCCACCGAAUCCUCCACAGUCCUCAUCGCUCUCAUCUUACGACCUGAAGGUUUUCUGACUAACACAGAGGCUGAGGUGGCAAGAUAAGACCAGGAGCUCGAUUCCUGUCCGCGGUGGUACAGCUUUUACGCAUGGCAACCAAAGUGCCAUUCCAUCGCUGACAGCUGGACGGACGAAGUCCCUGAACGCAUCACCGUCAUUUAAUUGAGCCGUCUGCAGUUUCACGUUUGCCUUAGCCAUGUUUUCCAAGGCCACUGCCAACUUUGUCCAUCACAUUGACCCGGACGGAAGCCUCAUCCACGUGUCUCGAGUGAACAACUCACGCAAACUGGUUCCAAUGGCACUCGUGGUCAAGCGCAACCGCCUCUGGUUCUGGCAGAGGCCCAAGUACCAGCCGACAAAUUUCACCCUCAGCGACUUGCUGCUGGGCGACAGGGAGCUCAAUCCUGGGGUGUUUGAGACAGAGCUGGUGACCUACGAGGGGACGUUUGGAGACCAGCUCUCUGGGAAGCUGGAAACCAAGGUGGGCCCUGUCGGUGGGACACUAGAGGGACGGGGCACCUGCGAGCUCCAAUCAUGUUUCGGCAAGCUGAAGAAACAGGAGCUGGAUGUGAGGAAACUCUUACGUGACUCCAGCAACAGGCUGGUGGACAUGCAGCAUGUGCUGAUGCAGCAGCUAAAGAAGAAGGCAGAGGUGCUCGCCAUAGUGAAGGAGCGGAUCCUCACCACCGGCUCCUGCUCCAUCACCCAGUCGAAAAACGAGAAGUACAUCUUUCAGGCGGCGCUCGGUCUGGUGGGAAUGUUGGGGAGCUUUGUUAAGUGUUCGCAGGACAGCAACCACGUUGAGAAGGACAGCAAUGUUUCUUUGAAGAUCCCCUCUGACACAGUAAUUGCGUACAGCAUCCUGGAGCUAAAGAUUAAGAAAAAUGGACACUACGAUAUAUGCCUGCAACCUGGCACAAUCGGAGGCUUUGAGGACGACUCGCCCGUUAUGUCCUGCCCAUCCUAUGAUCUCCUCACCGAUACGGUGGAUGGCAGUGCCUGUCCUGUACCCGCCUCAAGUGCAUCGAGAAACGGAUCACAGGAGGUGGACCUGUCUCCACUGGCGGAGCUCCCCCAGUUAACUCGGCAUGCCUUGUUCGAGAAGCUCCAAGAGACAAUGAAGGACAGAGCUGCUCUGUCAUAUCUGCAGUGUGUGCUGGAGGAGUUGUGCGGCGGUGAAACACUCGAUACGGCCGAGCAAGAGGAGCUGCUGGAGAGUCAGGGAAAAUCACUUUCCUGCAAAAUGGAGCAGCCCAACUCAGACGACCACUCAGGGUGCAGCCAUUCUGCCGAUGCUGCUCACCUGCACGCAGCUCACCUGUUGGUCAGUGCUAUGGAAGAGUUGUCGGAUGAGACGCUGAGACUCCUGAGUGAGAGUCGUGCCGAUUUUCUCUGGGCCUUCGACAAACUGAUGCACAGUGUGAGGGAGAGCAGCGGGCCUCUCUCCAUCCAGUGUCUUCCCGACCCGCUGCAGGACAACCAAGCUUUCCAACUGGCCGAGCAGCUGCUCAGCUCCACCAACGUGACGCUGAAGAGAAACGCUGAGAGCCUGUGGACGGAGACAGGAGACAAAGCGGGAGUCCUCCCUCUGCUCCUCUGCCUCAGCAUACAUGGAUUGUCCCUGCUGUUCAAUGGGCUGAAGUAGUGCCGUGUUUUUCUUUUUCUUGGACUAUAUUCUGUCCAUUCCUUUUUUCUUUGUAAAGUUUAUUGAAUGUAACCUCACUGUAGUUUUUUGCGUAACAUCUUUAUAUCAUUGCUGAUGCUGAUUUUAUUAAUAUAUAUAAAAAUAUAUAUUUGUAGUACUUAAAGCAAGCGCUUACAUUGUUUUAUAUAUAUAUAUAUAUAAUAUAAACUUGUUUUCUACUUGAUCAGGCUCUUGAAAUAAGUGAGACAUUUAUCUACAAAUACUUUUUGUUCUGUAUGAAUCCAGUUCAACUGUUUUUAUUUGUCAAUCUUUUGUUCACAAUUGAAAUGUGUCUUAUUCAAGAAUAGGUUGAGAAAACCCACUGAUCUCUGCAGCUAUUGGAUCAACUGAAAAUGAAAUUCUCAGUGAUUAAGCUUAAAGCGGUUCGGAUUUCUUUAGUCAAGCGUUACAUGUCAUAGAUUUCAAGUUUUUUUCUAUAAACUGCAAAGUCUGACGUUUGAUGCUUGCCAAUGGUACGUACACUCAAUUGACGCCCGACAUUUGGACAGUGUCAUGAAAGGUUUUGCUUUUUUUGAUGAGGCUGCAUAAUAUCACUGCAACUGCUUAUUGUCCUCAUCAAUCAUUGUAACUGAGCUAAUUGCAUUUAAAAGAAAUGUAAUAUAAUUAAUAUUCCUUUAAAUACUGCCAUCGAAGGUUAAGAAACUGUAAUCUAUUACGCUUAAAGGAAGAACUCCUGUUUUUAAAUGCAUGUCGUGUAUUUGCACACACAAAUUAUUUUAUAAAUAUGCAGACACCAUUCUUUUGUUAUUUGAAAUUGUUAUUUAUAGUUGUUUGUGAAAAAAAGCUUUAUUUUAUUUUAUAUACACAAAAUAUCAAUACAUUUUGAUAUUGGUAUAUUUUAUUUUAUUCUUUGCACUCAAGCUAUUGUCUGUGGCAUAACUAUCAAAGUUGAUCACUUUGUCGUAUGUAAAUGGCAAAUAAAAUAUAUUAAAAAGCUUUAACAAUUGAA